AUGGGGCGGCUGUGGGGCAGCCCGGCCGCGCUCUGCGUCUGCGUCCUGCUCCUCUUCACAGGGAAGAAAAACAUGGCCACCAGCGCCAUCCCCAGCUCUGCUGCGACCACCACCAACAAAACCAUCAUGGCUGCCGGCGACGAGACAACCACAUCCACCACUGCCACGACAAAACCCAUGGAGGAUGACAGCGGAAAACCAUCAAUGCCUAUGACCACAUCAAACACCAAGCACACCACCAUGCCCGUCAACCCCCUCGCCGGGGAACAAACUUCGAAAACAACCUCAACGCCCACAUCCACGCCCACCUCCACGUCAACCUCGACACCAACCUCCACAACAAUUUCCGGGCCAGCCUCGACCCCAACCUCCACACCCACCUCCACGUCAACCUCCACGUCAACAUCCACGUCAAUCUCGACGCCAACCUCCACAUCCACCUCCACAUCAACCUCCACAUCAACCUCAACACCAACCUCCACAUCAACCUCCGUGUCCACCUCCACAUCAACCUUGAAACCAACCACACCGACCUCCACGCCAACCUCCACGUCCACCUCCACAUCAACCUCCGUGUCUACCUCCACAUCAACCUUGAAACCAACCUCCACACCGACCUCCACGCCAACCUCCACGUCCACCUCCAUAUCAACCUUCACGCCCACCUCAACGCCAAACUCCAAGUCAACCUCCACAUCAAUCUCCACGCCAGCCUUGAUGCCAACGACCACAUCCACCUCCACAUCAAGCUCCACGUCAACCUUCAUGCCCACCUCCACGCUGAUCUCCACGUCAAUGUCCACACCAAUCUCGACGCCAACCUCCACAUCCACCUCCACAUCAACCUCCACAUCAACCUUGACACCAACCUCCACGCCAACCUCCACAUCAACCUCCAUGUCAGCCUCCACACCAACCACCAUAUCCACCACCACACCCACCUCCACAUCAACCGUGACGCCAACCUCUAUGUCGUCCUCGAUGCCAACCUCCAUGUCAACCUUGACCCCUACCUCCACGCCCGCCUCCACACCAGCCUCCACGUCCACCUCAACAUCAACUGCCACUUCCACCUCCAUAUCAACCUCCACGCCAACCUCUACACCGACCCCCACGCCGACCUCCACGCCCGGCUCAUCCCCAACCUCCACGCCAACCUCCACACCAAUCUUGACCCCAGCCUCGACCCCAUCAUCCAAGCCCACCACCAUGACCUCCUCCAAGCUAACCUCCACCUCAACCUCCACGUCAACCCCCAUGCCAACCUCCACGCCAACCUCCACAUCAACCUCAAUCCCAACCUCCACAACGACCUCCACAUCAACCUCAACACCAGCCUCCACAUCCACCGCAACACCAACCACCACAUCAACCUCCACAUCAACCUUGACACCAACCUCCAUGCCGACCUCCACGUCCACCUCAACACCAACCUCCACAUCCACCUCCAUGUCAGCCUCUACCCCAACCUCCACACUGACCUCCACGUCAACCUCAACACCAGCCUCCACAUCCACCGCAACACCAACCACCACAUCAACCUCCACAUCAACCUUGACACCAACCUCCAUGCCGACCUCCACGUCCACCUCAACACCAACCUCCACAUCCACCUCAACAUCAACCGCCACGUCCACCUCCAUGUCCACCUCGACAUCAACCUCGACACCAACCUCCACGCCAACCUCCACGCCAACAACCACAUCCACCUACAUCAACCUCCACGCUGAUCUGCACAUCAACUUCCACACCAACCCUGACGCCGACCUCCACACCCACCUCCACGCCGAUCUCCACGUCAACCUCCACACCAACCCCGACGCCAACCUCCACAUCCACUUCCACGUCCACCUCCACGUCAACCUCAACCCCAACCUCCAUAACAACCUCCACGUCAACCUCAACGCCAACCUCCAUGCCAACCACCAUAUCCACCUCCACGUCAAGCUCGACCCCAAUCUCCACGCCAACCACUAUGUUGUCCUCAACCCCAACCUCCACACCGACCUCCACGUCAACCUCAACCCCAACCUCGACGCCAACCUCCACACCGACCUCCAUGUCAACCUCCAUGUCAACCUUGACCCCAACCUCGACGCCAACCUCCACGUCAACCUCCACAUCCACCUCCACAUCCGCCUUGACAUCAACCUCGACACCAACCUCCACGCCCACCACCAUGUCCACCUCCACGCCAACCUCCACGUCAACCACAACACCAACCUCCACGCCAACUUCCACAUCCACCUCCAUGCCAACCUCAAUCCCAACCUCCACACCCACCUCCACACCAACCCCGACGCCAACCACCACAUCCACUUCCACGUCCACCUCCACGUCAACCUCAACCCCAAACUCGACGCCAACCUCCAAAUCAACCUCGACCCCAAACUCCACACCGACCUCCGGGUCAACCUCCACACCAAUCACCACAUCCACCUCCACGGCAACCUCGACCCCAAUCUCGAUGCCAACCUCCACGUCAAGCCAACAUCCAUGACAACAUCGACGCCAACCUCCACAUCCACCUCCACGUCCACCUCCACGUCAACCUCGACCCCAACCUCCACACCGACCUCCACGUCGAACUCAUCGCCAAACUCCACACCGACCUCCACGUUGACCUCAACACCAACCUCCACAUCAAUCUCCACACCAAACUCCAUGCUGACCUCCACGCCAACAUCGACGCCCACUUCCACAUCCACCUCCACGUCAACCUCUACCCCAACCUUGAAGACAACCUUGACACCAACCUCCACGUCAACCUCGACACCAACCUCCAUGCCAACAUCCACACCAACCUCCACAUCCACCUCCACGUCAACCUCAACCCCAACCUCCACACUGACCACCACGCCAACCUCCACACCAACCACCAUAUCCACCUCCACAUCAACCUCGACGCCAACCUCUAUGUCAUCCUCGACGCCAACCUCCACGUCAACCUCAACCCCAACCUCCACACUGACCUCCACGUCAACCUCCACACUGACGUCCACGUCCACCUCCACAUCAACCUCCACAUCAACCUCGACCCCAACCUCGACGCCAACCUCCACACCGAUCUCCACACCGACUUCCACGCCAGCCUCCACGCCAACCACCACAUCCACGUCCAUGUCAACCUCAACCCCAACCUCGUCGCCAACCUCCACGUCAACUUCCACGCCAACCUCUGCGCCAGCUUCCACAUCAACCUCCACAUCAACCUCGACCCCAACCUCGACGCCAACCUCCACAUCAACCUUGAUGCCAACCUCCACGCCGAGCUCCACGUCAACCUCGACGCCUACCUCCACGCCAACCUCUAUGCCAACCUCCAUGUCCACCUCGACGUCAUCCUCGACCCCAACCUCCACAGUGACCACCACAUCCACCUCCACGUCAACCUCAACCCCAACCUCCACACCGACCUCAACGCCAACCUCCACACCAACCACCAUAUCCACCACCACAUCCACCUCCACAUCAACCUCGACGCCAACGACCCCAACAUCCUCGACGCCAACCUCCACGUCAACCUCGACCCCAACCUCGACGCCAACCUCUAUGUCAUCCUCGACGCCAACCUCCACGUCAACCUCGACCCCAACCUCGACGCCAACCUCUAUGUCAUCCUCGACGCCAACCUCCACGCCGAUCACCACGUCCACCUACAUGUCAACAUCCAUGCCAACCUCGACGCCAACCUCUACAUCGAUCUCCACACCGACCUCCAUGCCAACGUCCACGUUAACCACCACAUCCACGUCCACGUCAACCUCAACCCCAACCUCCUCGCCAACCUCCACGCCAACUUCCACAUCAACCUCCACAUCAACCUCGACCCCAACCUCGACGCCAACCUCCACGUCAACCUUGAUGCCAACCUCUACACCGACCUCCACGUCAACCUCGACGCCUACCUCCAUGCCAACCUCUAUGCCAACCUCCAUGUCAACCUCGACGCCAACCUCCACAUCCACCUCCAUGUCCACCUCGAUGUCAUCCUCGACCCCAACCUCCACACCAACCACCACAUCCACCUCCACGCCAACCUCCACGCCAACCUCCACACCAACCACCAUAUCCACCACCACAUCCACCUCCACGUCAACCUCGACGCCAACCUCAACACCGACCUCCACGCCAACAUCGACGCCAACCUCCACGUCAACCUUGAUGCCAACCUCCACACCGACCACCACGUCCACCUCCACAUCAACCUCCACAUCAACCUCGACACCAACCUCCACGCUGAUCACCACAUCCACCUCCACGUCAACCACGACCCCAACCUCCACACCGACCGCCACGCCAACCUCCACGCCAACCACAAUAUCCACCACCACAUCCACCUCCACAUCAACCUCGACGCCAACCUCUAUGUCGUCCUCGACGCCAACCUCCACGUCAAACUCGACCCCAACCCCCACAUCAACGUCCACGCCAACCUCCACACCGAUCUCCGCAUCCACCUCCACGUUGACCUCAACGCCAACCUCCAGGCCAACCACCAUAUCCACCUCCAUGUCAACCUCGACCCCAACGUCGACGCCAGCCUCCACGUCAGCCUCGACCCCAACCUCCACACUGACCUCCACAUCAACCUUGACACCAACCUCCACGCCGAUCACCAUGUCCACCUCCACGUCAACGAAGCCAACCUCCACAUCCACCUCAACACCAACCUCCACGUCAACCACCACAUCCACCUCCACAUCAACCUCAACCCCAACCUCCAUACCGACCUCCACGUCAACCUCAAUGCCAACCUCCACGCCAACCACCAAGUCCACCUCCACGUCAACCUCGACGCCAACUUCGACAUCCACUUCCACGUCAUCCUCAACCCCAACCUCCACACCGACCUCCACGUCAACUUCCACGUCAACCUCGACCCCAACCUCCACACCGACCUCCACAUCAAUCUCCACUCCAACUUCUACGCCCACCACCACAGCCACCUCCCCAGCAAUCUCCACGCCAACCUCGACCCCAACCUCCCUGUUAACCUCGACCCCAACCUCCACAACCACCACCAUGCUGACCAUGACCCCAACCUCCACGUCAACCUCCAUUCCAACUUCCACAUCCAGCUCCCCAGCAACCUCCACGCCAACCUUGACCCCAGCCUCUACACCGACCUCGACCCCAAACUCCACGCCCCCCUUGACUCCAACCUCCACAGCAACCUCCACAGCAACCUCGACCCCAACCUCCACGCCCACCUCCAUGCCCACCAUCACGCCUACAUCCCCAGCAACCUCCAUGUCAACCUCGACCCCAACCUCGACACCCACCUCUACGCCAACCUCUACUCUAACCUCAAUGCUGACCUUAACGCCAACAUCUACACCCACCUCCGCACCAACGUCCACACCCACCACCACACCGACCUCCACGUCAACCUCCACACCAACCUCCACGUCCACCUCCACGUCCACGUCCACAUCAACCUCGACACCAACCUCCACGCCAACCUCCACGCCCACCUUGACCCCAACGUCCAUGCCAACCUCUACGCCCACCUCAUCCCCAACAACCAUGCCCACCACCAUGCCAACCUCUUCUCCAACCUCCACGUCAACCACCUCAACCACCUCAGCCACCCCUACUGAGUCAACUACAGCCACCAUGACCACCACUACUACCACCACCACCACGACAACCACAGUCACGAGUCCAGGUCAGUGCCAGAAUGGUGGCACCUGGGAAGAUGGCAAGUGCGUGUGUCCCGGGGGGUUCCAAGGUGACCACUGCGAGGAGCUCGUCUGCCAAAACGGGGGCACCUGGGCCAGCGGCUCCUGCCAGUGCCCCCCCAAUUUCCAAGGGGACAGGUGCCAGAACGCCAAGGACAUCGUGGAGAUUAAAAAUGUGACGAUAAACGCGACGGUGGUGAUGAUGACCAAAAUCGAGGGGACAUUUAAUGACGAUCUCAAAAAUACAUCCUCAGAGGCUUACCAGGACUUUAACAAAACAUUCCAGGAGAAGAUGCAGAAGCUUUAUAAGGGUAUCGAAGGGUACAAAGGUGUGGUGAUCAAAAGCCUGAGCGCGGGCAGCAUCCAAGUGGACUAUGACGUCAACCUGGAGAUCCCCGUCACCUCCGAGACCAACAAGACAGUGAAGAGCAUCUCGGAGAACCUCGUCACUGCCAUCCAAAACUACAACUGUAGCGAGGACUGCACAGAGAGCGACUGUGUCUGCUUCGUCAGCAACGUCACCUCUGUCGUCAACGUUGACAUGACGCAGGUGGAAGAAAAUCUGUGUGACACCUACAUCAAGGAGGAGUUCAGAUCCUACUACACUAUGUACCUGACCAGCACCGGCGUCAUCUGCAUCACCCGCUGCGACAGCCGUCACACCGACUCCCUGCCCUGCGUCUACGGCCGCUGCUCCGUGGGCCGGGCGGGGCCGCAGUGCGAGUGCUCGGACCAGGUGGCCUUCUGGUACCUGGACAAAGCCUGCAGCUCCCGCAUCAGCAAGGUUGGGGUGGGCGUGGGCGUUCCUGUGGCCAUCCUGGUCCUGGUCACCACCACCUUCACCAUCCUCCUGCUGAGAUCUCGGAGGCAGAAGGAGCAGUACAGAAAGAAGCUGAGGUCCCGCUCGGAGAUGUACAGCAGUGACGACGGCAACUGGGACGGAUCCCAAGGCUUUACCGUGGCCAACCCGGCAGCCACCUGGGAAGACAUGGAGACCUCCAACAUCAGCUACAUCAACCUGGAGAGGGUGGACACCUCGAGGACGAUACACAUCCAGAGACCCACCAUGGUCCCCUGAGUGAAGCCACCUGAGGUCCAGCAGAGACAGGACACGGGGACACGAGGAUGUGGGGGUGACGAGAAUCAGGAGAUCCACC